UUCAAGUAACUCCAAUUAAACGUAGUAAAUAUCGUAAUUCCGACGCCAAACAUAAUCUUUAUCGGAGUGUUCGAAUUUAUCAGAAAAUCGCGAUAAAAUUCAAAUCACAUUCCCCAGAUAGUGGCACCACAAAAAACGAUAGCGAUUGAAGGUUCAAUCGGCCCCGCAUUCGUAAAGUUACAACACACCAAACUCAGCCGCGAUCAGUGGGGGUUAAAAAAGUAAAAAGUGAGUCUAUUGGGUGAGUCAUUCGAGUACCGGUGACUGGACAGGUACUACCAGUAAGUAGUUGUUGAUUCAGCGCCUGCUGCGAAUCUACAUACGUUUGUUUGUGUCGGCGUAGUCAGUAUAAUGGUGAAUACCCGUGGAAGAAUGGGACGAUAGUAUUUUUUCCUGUUUUUUAUAAAACUACUGCUACUGUCCAAAACGCAGUGGAUACUAUUAUUAUUGAUUGUUGGACGUAAAAAAAACCCAAGAAAGUUAGUGAAAAAUAAUUAUAUGGUUCUGAAUAGGUAUUCUAUCUACAAUGUCGGAGUUUAUAGAAUACAAAUGGGGACCCUCAAACGUUCAGACGUUGGUUAAAAAUGCUCCAAGAUACUCGGACCAACGGGACAGAACCGAAGCCAUCCAAACCAUAAAGAAAAUGGUGCAGCAGUGCGAAGAUACCGAACUCAGAUCCAUCCUGCCACAGGACGACAAAACCCUACAAAAGUUCUUAUUCGCGAGAAAGUUCGACCUGGCGGAGAGCUUUGAUCUCUUGAAAAAUUACUACCUGUAUAGGAAAAGAAACCAGGACCUGUUUAAGAAUCUGACACUAGACGCGCCGGAUAUCAGGAAAUCUCUCGAAAACGCUCUUCCAGGAGUGCUGAGCCACAAGGACCGCAAGGGCAGGAGUGUGCUGAUCUUCACAGGAACUAACUGGGACUGCAGUUAUACUCUGAUCAGUAUUUACAGAGCCCUUCUGUUCGUCCUAGAGCACCUCAUCGACCACAUCCACAACCAGUCCAACGGCUUCGUCGUCAUAGUCGACUGGACAGAGUUCACCUUCAGGCAAACCACCAACCUGAAGCCGUAUAUGCUGAAGCUGAUGAUAGAAGGAUUGCAGGACUGUUUCCCUGCAAGAUUCAAGGGUAUUCAUUUCAUCUGUCAGCCUUGGUACGUUGAAAUGGCGCUUACUGUGAUAAAACCGUUUCUGAAUGAGCGAGUGAAGGAAAGGAUCUACGUUCAUGGAAACAAUCUGAGCACCCUGCACGAGCACGUCCACAAAGACGUUCUUCCCGCUGAAAUGGGGGGAGAGCAGCCUUCGUACAACCCUAGGUCGUUUUUAGAUACCCUGCAGUCGUACAAAGUGUGACAGUAUUCGGUUUCAGCAUGUACUUUUCCGUGGGGACACUCUUUACAAUGCAUUUGUUUUUGCACGCUGGCUACUCGAUUUGUAUGGCUCACUUCUGAUAACAAAUGAACUGUGCGCGAGAUGAAAGGGUUGUGUUCGAAUGCCCCACUUUGGGCGUCUACGGAAUGAUCUUAUUUAUAUAUUUUAUUUGAUAUGUGUGACAUUGCGUUCCUCACUAAUGAUGUUUAUGUAUGACAAUGUGAUCUGAUCAUGAAACAUUUUGAGGAUAUCUAGUUCAAGUUUCAUUUUGAGUAAAGCUUGAAGAACUAUGAAAUGAAAUUUGCAUGGCAAUGCUUCUAUAGAUUUAUUAUGAACAAAGGCAGAAAAAUAUUUUCCCAGGCUCAUACUCAAAGUAGACAGCGGUACUGAGAAUAUAUGACUAACGAUUUGUUAUAUUAGACGGACUGUGGGUUUCCGAAUUUUGAUGAAUCUGAUGAUGGCGGAAAUUGGGAAAAAGCAGUGCAUUGAGUUACUCUAGAGACAAAUGUAUGAUGCAGUUUUGUCAAGGUCAGGUGACCUACGGAUAUUAUAAUUGUAUGAGUCUUUACUAAUCAACCGUGUACGAAUUUUGUGUUAAACUAAAUGCCUCUAUCUCUGAGAUUUUCAUUGUCUUUCACUAAACCAAAGUUUACUAAGUUCAUUCACAAUUAUUGUAAUAAUUGGCGACUAUAACUGUAUAAAUGAGUGAAAUCAAAGCAUUUUAUGGAUUCUCGAAAACAGUAAGCCUUGAAAUGAACAACAUACCGACAAGACUUCGAUGAAAAUAUCAAAAGAGUUCUAGACUAGUCAACUUUCAGAUUAGAAAACAGUUGAUAGAGUAAGACUAGGAAAUAGAAUUCGAUGUAAGUUAAGAGAUUUGAUGUUCAUGUUGACUCAAGAUCGGUGUGCACGAUGUUUAUUGAACAUGACAAAUAUCCAAGUUUUGCUUAAAGAAACGUAUUUAUUUUUGUUUAUAUGUUUAUUUAAAAAAAUAAAAUGACAAUAUUGA